AUGUCUUAUAAAUUCGGUAAACUUGCCAUUAAUAAAAGUGAGCUCUGCCUGGCAAAUGUGCUACAGGCUGGCCAAUCCUUCCGAUGGAUUUGGAAUGAAAAGUUGGAUCAGUACAGCACCACAAUGAAGAUAGGCAAACAAGAAAAGUAUUCCGUAGUGAUUUUGAGGCAAAACGAAGAGAAAGAGCUCCUAGAAUUUGCUGCUGUGGGAGACUCUGGUGACCAGGACGCCUUAAAAACUCACCUAAUGAAAUAUUUUAGAUUGGACGUGUCGCUGAAGCAUUUAUUCGAUAAUGUCUGGAUUCCAAGCGAUAAAAAAUUUUCAAAACUUUCCCCACAAGGCAUCCGUAUCUUAGCACAGGAACCAUGGGAGACGUUAAUUUCCUUUAUUUGUUCGAGUAAUAAUAACAUUUCAAGAAUCACGAGAAUGUGCAAUAGCCUUUGUUCUAAUUUCGGGAACUUAAUAACAACAUUAGAUGGCGUCGCCUACCAUUCCUUUCCCACAAGUGAAGAGCUAGCUUCUCGAGCCACUGAAGCUGACCUACGCGAGUUAGGCUUUGGUUAUAGAGCUAAGUAUAUUAUUGAAACUGCAAGAAAACUGGUGAAGGAUAAAGCUGAGUUUAAUAUUGCUUCUGACACCACGUACCUUCAAAGUUUAUGUGAAGAUGCUCAAUAUGAAGAUGUUAGGGAGCACCUAAUGUCCUACAAUGGGGUAGGUCCCAAAGUUGCUGAUUGCGUUUGUCUAAUGGGACUGCACAUGGAUGGUAUUGUGCCCGUAGAUGUCCAUGUGAGCAGAAUUGCGAAGAGAGACUACCAAAUAUCCGCGAACAAGAACCACAUCAAAGAUUUGAGGACAAAAUACAAUGCUUUACCUAUCACAAGAAGAAAAAUCAAUCCGGAGCUUGACCAUAUUAGAUUAACGCUUUUGAAGAAAUGGGGAUCGUAUGCUGGUUGGGCACAAGGUGUCUUAUUCUCUAAAGAGGUCGGAGGCACUAGUGGUAGCACUACAACUGGUGUAAUAAAGAAGAGGAAAUGGGAUAUGAUAAAAGAAACGGAACAAAUUGUUACGAAACAAAUGAAUUUGAAAGUUGAAUUGUCCGAGGUCCACAUCAAAGAAGCAAAAAUAGAUUAG